AUGGCGGCGGGUGGCGUCGGUGGCAGUUUGUCAUGGUUGGCCCUUCGUCAUAUACGGUCGGCUAUAAAUACAUGCUUCUAUCCGUUCGGUUGCCUGCCGGCAUGGACCGUGUACGGGCACGUUCCUUCGGGCACACUACACUGGAAGGCGUACAACCGUACCAAAAUUCACCAAUUUUCCUCACCAGGAACCGUAGCAGGUCCCGGGUUGACUUAUGAUAUAGCUGACUUGACGAGAUGGUCCGCUUUGUUGGUGGUGGCCGUCUUCGGCGUGUUUGCUUGGUUACCGACACGGGACGCAGCGAAAAUUCUGCUUGUUUCGGCCUUUCCUGGUAAGAGCCACUGGCUUAUGUUCGAGCACAUCGUACACGAGCUGCUGAGGCGAGGUCACGAACUGACGGCCAUCACCAGCUACCCGUUGCGAAGGGAUGGCACCAACCAAACGGAGCGAUAUCGCGAGGUUCUGAUUGAUCCCGUGUACGACUUUGAAGCGAACGGGUUGCCGAUGGAGGUGUACUACAAGUCACAAUCGUUCGCUGAUCCGUUCUUCAAGAUGUCAAUCCUGUGGAAGCUUGGUCUGGAGACGGCAGAGCACGCAUUUGAAAGUGCAAACGUGAAGAAGUUUUUAACGUUCGAAGGACUCGCGUUUGAUCUUCUAAUUGCGGAGCAGUUUGUACAAGAAAGCUUCCUGAUGUUCGCUCACAAGUAUCAAGUUCCGGUCGUCACUAUCAAUACGCUUGGCCAUACGGACUACAUAGAUCGUGCGUUUGGAUUGAUAACUCCUUGGUCGUUCGUACCACACUUUAUGCUCCAGUACGACGAUCGAAUGUCCAUCGCGGAAAGGGCGUACAACGCGUUCCUAUCGGUGUGGGACGCAUUUAACCGUAAGUUCCACUAUCUACCGGAGCAGACAAAGUUAGCGUUGAAGUAUUUUGGAGCCACCGAGGUGUUACCCUCGCUGGAGGAUCUCGAGCGGAACGUCAGUGUGGUGCUUGUGAACAACCACAUCAUCUCCUCACGACCCAGACCACACAUCAACGGAAUGAUCGACAUUGCCGGUGUUCACAUUCGGGCACCAAAACCACUUCCUCCCGUUGUGAAGGAGUUUCUCGAUUCAUCUCACAACGGUGUGAUCUACAUCAACUUCGGCACCUUCCUGAGAAGUUCCGGAAUGCCACCGGAAACUCUACAAGUGUUUCUGGCCCUGUUCCGUGCACUGGCGCAGUACAACUUCCUGUGGAAAUGGGAAGCGGACACUAUCCCGAACCUACCGCCGAACGUGCUGCUGCAACAGUGGCUCCCACAGAAUGACGUCCUGGCGCAUCCCAACGUGAAGCUGUUUGUGUCUCACGGGGGAAUUUUCGGCACGCAAGAGUCCAUCUACUGGGCCCGCCCGAUACUGUUCGUACCGUUCUACGGCGAUCAGCACCGUAAUGCGCUCAAAUUUGAACGUGCCGGCAUCGGGCUAACACUUCAGAUUAUCAACGUUACGGUGGAGGACUUCCGGUCGAAGAUUGAGCGGAUAGUGCAGGGUGCGGAGUUCCAGCAAAACGUCAACCGAUUGUCGGCCAUCUUCCGCGAUAAUCCAACCGAUCCGCUCGAGGAGGCAGCGUUCUGGAUCGAAUACGUGAUACGACACCGCGGAGCAACACAUCUGAAGUCAGCCGCUGUGCAUAUGCCCUGGUAUCGGUAUCUGCUGUUAGACAUCUUGUCAUUGACCUUGCUGGCGGUUGCGACGGUGGUUUGGUCGGUGAAGACACUGCUGCGCAGUGUUAUGUAUUCACUGUGUGCAGUGUUUGACUCUCGUCUACUCCCACAGCAUUUCCGUAUACUGUCCUACAUCAUCGGUAGCGCAUUUGCAUUUACCGCCCUCUGUCCGCAUGCCGAAUGUGGCAAGAUACUGUUCCUGGUGCCCUUUCCAGCUCCAUCCCACUGGCUAUGGAUAGAACAUUUCGUAAAGGAAUUGCUAUCCCGAGGGCACGAAGUAACGGCCAUCACUAACUUCGCCAUGAAGGAACCCCAUCGAAACUAUACCGAAGUACUGAUCGAUCCACCUUAUGACAUACCGUACUACUUUCCCGUGUCGGACAUAUACGAAUCGAAGUACAACAGUGAUCUGAACAAUCUGUUCCUUUACUGGCGGGUGGGCCUCUCGACGACACAGUACGCACUGGAGAACGAAAACGUACAACAGUUUAUCGAGCAGGAUGAUACCGAUUUUGAUGUGAUCGUCUCGGAGCAAUUCUACCAGGAGGCAUUCCUGAUGUUUGCCCACAAGUAUCGGGCACCGAUUGUGACACUCUGUACACUGGGUCACGCUAAUCAUAUUGAUCAAGCUAUGGGGCUCGUCACGCCAUGGUCAUUUGUACCGCAUCCGGUGCUACUGCUAUCCGACGAUAUGACAUUCUCUCAGCGUUGUUACAAUUUUUGGAUUUCGCUUGUUGAUCUGCUGAUACGCCAAUUCUACUACAUCCCCCAGCAGAACAAGCUGGCCCAGAUACAUUUUGCGCGGAUUGAAGGUCCUGAGCUGAUGCCCUCGAUUCAAGAUCUGGAGAAGUCCAUCUCCGUCAUAUUGGUAAACAGUCACCUGUCAACGUCACCACCACGUCCCACCAUUCCGGGUUUGGUAAAUGUGGCCGGGGCACACAUUAAGCCCGCAAAAGAGCUACCCGAGGACAUUAGGAAGUUUCUCGACGGUGCCAAGGAGGGUGUCAUAUUCUUCAGCCUCGGCUCGUACAUGAAGAGUGCGGAUAUGCCGAAAGAUAAAAUGAAGGCGUUUCUGGAGGUGUUCCGGAAUCUGAAGCAGCGAGUGUUGUGGAAGUACGAAAAUGAAGACAUUGCGCGGUUGCCGAAGAAUGUGAUGGUACGGAAAUGGUUACCGCAGAGCGACAUUCUCGCCCAUCCGAAGGUCGUGCUGUUCAUCACGCACGGUGGCAUGUUUGGCAGCCAGGAAGGCAUCUAUCGUGGUGUCCCGAUGCUGUACAUACCGUUCUACGGUGAUCAGCAUCGUAAUGCGCUGAAGGCGGAACAGGCCGGCUACGCGUUAACGUUGAACUUCCAGGAAGUGAACGUCAUAACGCUGGGGUCGCGCAUCAACGAACUGCUCACCAAUCCUACGUUCAUGAAGCAGGCUAAACGCGCGUCGGACCUAUUCCGGGACAAUGUGGUACCGCCGAUGCAGGAAGCGAUGCACUGGAUCGAGUACGUGAUAAGGCACAAGGGUGCGAAGCAUCUGAAAACCAAAGCCAUCGAGCUAACCUGGCCACAGUACCUGAUGCUUGAUGUGGUUGGGUUCGUUACACUAGGGUUCCUACUACUGGCGGCCAUAUUUUACAAGGUGGUCGGCCUCUUCCUAACGCCACCAAAGCCGAAAGCAAAACCAAAGACUCGCGACACAAUGCUCGGGAUGAGAAAGCCAAAGUUUAACUAAAGCUGCAUAUUUUAUAUUCGAAAUAAAAAUUAA